AAAAAUCCCCCAAAUUCCUAACUCGAUUUCGCUUCCUCGUCUUUCUUCCUCGGCACCUGUCACCGUCGGCGUCGUCGAUCCCAGCGGCUGAUCGCCCUCGGUGCCAUGGCCUGCUCCAAGAGGUCCAGCACGGCGGUGACGGCCGGGCUCCCCGACGACCCGCUCGUGGAGAUCCUCUCCCGCGUCCCCGCCAAAUCCCUCUGCCGGUUCAAGUGCGUGUCCAAAGCCUGGCGCGACCUCAUCACCGACCCCAUCCACCGUAAGAAGCUCCCGCAAGCCAUGGAAGGGCUCUUCUUCAUGGAGAGCUGGAUCUGGUGCGCCGGCGCCGGCUGCGAGGAGGAGCAAUUCAGUUUCGUGGACCUGACGGCGAGAUCAGUGCCUCUGGAAAUCGACCCCUGCUUCUCCUUCCUGACAGAAAUGCCCGGGCUUCGGGUGCUCGCCCUCCACGAUUCCUGCAACGGGCUCCUUCUUUUCGAGCACCGCUCGGAUUUGGACUCAAAUGACGUGUUGGGCUUUAUCGUGUGCAACCCGACCACAAAGCAAUGGGUGGCUGUGCCCACUUGUGGCUGUCCUCCACCGUCUUCUUAUGACAGGCACAUCUACUUGGCUUUUGACCCGGCCAUAUCUUCUCACUUCCACUUGGUCCAGUUCCAUAGGGAGGAUGAUGAGGAUGAAGAGGAGUGGGAGAGUCAUGAGCCUGUGAUGUCGGUGCACGCCUACUCAUCUGAAUCUGGGAUUUGGAGUCACAGCCAAACUGACUGGGACGAACAUGACAGGCAAGGGUUGAAAGGUUGGCACCAGCCUUGUUUUGAAACUUAUGAGGGUCCUCGCCAUGCCUUUGUUAAUGGCAUGCUGCAUUUGAUGAUUUGGGACGAGGAUUUGGAUCAAGAUCAGGUACUUGUUGUAGAUGUAAAAGGAAAGACACAAAGGGUGAUUCCAGUGCCAACGGUGGGAGUGGUGGGUGAAGGGGUCUGGCGUCUUCAACAUAGCGAUUAUAUUGCUCAAUCCCAAGGGCGCCUGCAUUACUUCAGUGAAGUGUCGGAUCUUUACUCUGAACAGGGGUAUCAAAUGUGGGUUCUUCAGGAUUAUGAUUUGCAAGAAUGGGUGUUCAAGCACCAUGUUAGCUGUUUGAAGCUUGGAGAAACAAGAUGCAUAGAGCGUGUGGUUGCGAUUCACCAAAAUUGCAAUGUGGUUUUCUUUCUUCAGAACCGUAAACUGAUAGCAUAUGACAUGGAAAGUAAGGAAGUGAGUGUUUUUGCCACUUCUGAUAACCAAAUUUUGCAUCGGUCUAUCGCUGCACCUUAUGUUCCCUGUUUCUCAGAGUCACCGGUGCUCACAAAUAAGCACUGAAAGUAAGAGCAGCUAGCAAAUUGGUUAAUAGAUCUAGUAGAUGUAGGUGAUAUGUUCUGUCUGUGCUUGGAUGUAUUCCUUAUCAUGCUGCUGGUCUAAUAUAACUGCAAGCCAGUUGAGAUGUUUGUUAUGUACCUGUAUGUAUGAUAGUUAUGUUAAUAUAAUAAAUGAUA